GGCCAGUCCAUCCCUGCCUUGAAGAAUUCUUCUGCUGCAGAUGUGCGUAAGAUAGCGAUUGAUUGGUGAAUGGUGAGUCAAACUGAGGAUGAUUGCCUCUAAACCCCAAGAGAACCAUGUGUUUGAAGCGGAGACCUUUGAAGCACUUGAGAAGAUUCGACAGAAUUUGCAAGACAAAAUUUUCUCUAUUGAAGGAUCACAAACAAGUGGAGAGUCACUGAAACUGGAAAUGUCACAGGAGGGAUUCAGAGCAGCUAUUGUAAAUGAGGGAAUCCAGAUGGCUAUGGUUGGUGCUAAUCAGUGGAGGGGAGGCUACAAGCGGUACACAGGACGAUGUACAAGAACUCUGAUCGAGAGGGACGAGUUUAUGUUUGCCCAUUGA